AAGGAGUGAUAAAAUAUGGCAGGAAGCUCAUUGGAGCCACUGACCCACAGAAAUCAGAAAUCAGCCAUGGGAGAGAUUAGACUUUUUGGUGUAAAUUCAGACUGUAAAACCCUUUAUCCAAGAAAGCAUGCCUGGAACAAAGUUGCGAAUAUAUUAUUUCUGGAGUCCCCAGCAGCCACUUUAUCACAUGAGCUUGCCCCAAAGCCAUCUGACCUAAAUGGAACAGUAGUCCUCAAGCACACCGCCAUCCCAGAAUGGGAAACCUCCGGCUUCGUUGAGUACAUAAAAGCCGGCCAAAAGCAAGGUGACAUGCUGCUGGUGGUGCCGGAGGGAGCCGCAGCGGUCCGGCUUGGCAACGAGGCCUCUAUCAAGCAGAGGAUGCCGGUCACCAAGGGAAUGUACUAUUCCCUGACGUUCAGCGCUGCCAGGACUUGUGCCCAGGAGGAGACGCUGAACGUGUCGGUGGCACCGGAUUUUGGGGUCUUGCCAAUGCAAACAUUGUAUAGCAGCAAUGGGUGGGACUCGUACGCGUGGGCGUUUCAGGCAGAGGUGCCGGUGGCAGAGAUUGUUAUUCAUAACCCUGGGGUGUCGGAGGACCCAGCUUGUGGACCCCUUAUUGAUUCAGUUGCAAUCAGAGCUCUCUAUCCUCCCAGAUUAACCAAGUUGAACAUACUGAAAAAUGGGGGUUUUGAAGAAGGACCAUACAUAUUCCCCAACACAUCUUGGGGAGUCCUAAUCCCCCCAAACAUAGAGGAUGAUCACUCUCCCCUCCCCGGUUGGAUGGUCGAAUCCCUCAAAGCUGUCAAAUACCUCGAUUCUGACCACUUCUCUGUCCCCCAGGGAAAGCGUGCCAUUGAGCUCGUGGCAGGAAAAGAAAGUGCCAUUGCUCAAGUGGCCCGGACCAUCCCUGGCAAGACCUAUGAUCUCUUCUUUGCGGUGGGUGAUGCUAGCAACUCUUGUGAAGGGUCCAUGAUUGUUGAGGCUUUUGCCGGUAGAGACACCAUUAAGGUACCCUAUGAGUCCAAGGGCAAAGGAGGGUGCAAGCGCGCAGUGCUUAGGUUCAUGGCCACUACAACACGGACACGUGUCAUGUUUUACAAUACAUCAAUCAAUAAUACAUUUCUCUAUUUCUUUUUAUACAUUGCAUUUUCUACAAUUUUAGAGAACUGUAAAUAUAAGAGUGCAUUCUCACAUAAUCCACUUAAAAUGUUUAGUGAACAAUAA